GCCCGUCACACUAUGGGAGCUGGCCAUGCCCGAAGUCGUUACUCCAACCGCAAGGAGGGGGAUGCCGAAGGCGGGGCUAGUGACUGGAGUGAAGUCGUAACAAG